UUUAAUCCUCUGAUAAUCAACAGAAGAAGACAGCAGCUCGGCUGGUUCCUCCUGCUGUGCACUGAACACACUGAACCAAACAUAUGAGCUUCUAUCAUGGACUAAACGUCACUUGGACCAAUGUUCAUGGUCAGGUGCAUUUUGGGAACUUCUGCAAAGAAUUUGGCCUCUCUUCAAAGGAUCAAGCUACAAAACAGGAUGUCGUCUUUACACCACCCAGUGGCUGCAGUGUGUCAGGUGACAGCCACCCCGGACAAAGAGGCCAACUUCUCCGCCUGUAAGCAGCUGGUGGAGGAGGCUAAAGAGCGAGGGGCCGCCAUGGUCUUCCUCCCAGAGGGCUUCGACUACAUCGGAUCCAGUCGAGAGGAGACGCUGUCGCUGUCCGAGAGCCUGAAGGGAGACACCAUCUCACAGUACACUCAGCUGGCCAGGAAGUUGGAUGUGUGGCUGUCUCUUGGAGGAUUUCAUGAACGAGGACCCGACUGGGAGUCUGACAGACGCAUCUACAACAGUCACAUCAUAAUUAAUGAUAAAGGUGACAUCGUUUCAGUAUACAGGAAGUCCCAUUUGUUUGAUGUGGAACUGCCAGAAAAAGGCGUGUCCCUUAAAGAAAGUGCCUUCACCAUCCCCGGACCCUCCCUCGUGUCUCCGGUCCAAACUCCCAUCGGCAAGGUCGGCCUUGGUAUCUGCUAUGAUCUGAGGUUCCCUGAGUUAUCGCUGGCUCUGCAAAGACAAGGGGCAGAGAUCCUGACGUACCCAUCAGCCUUCACUGUAGCAACAGGAGCUACUCACUGGGAGGUGUUGCUCCGUGCUCGGGCAAUCGAGAACCAGUGUUUCGUCCUGGCGGCGGCGCAGGUCGGCCGGCACCACGAGAAGCGUCAGUCGUACGGCCACGCGUUGGCGGUGGACCCGUGGGGCGAGGUGCUGGCCGACUGCGGAGGGGAGAAGCCGGGCGUGGUGCUGGUGGAGAUCGACCUGGAGAAGGUCAACAGCACCAGGAGGAACAUGCCGGUCCAACAGCACCGCAGAGACACCGGUUUCUAUCACAGUCUGGAGGAGACUUGACCAGGAGAGAAGUGCAAAGUUUGACUCUUUGGGUUGUUUAAGUCUCUGUCACGCUGCAUCAUGAAGACUUCAAGUAAUUUAAUUAAUGAGAGAUCAAAAGAGAAAUCAUUUUCAGCUUGUUUUAAUAAGAAACACCAGGAUGGGACGGUGGAAACACAAGUGUACUGUGAGGAAAUAAACAUUCAUUAUUGUCAAAUGAAGCUGUUAAUGAAUAAAGUGUAAAGAUGGAGAAUUUGAUCUGCUCUAGAUGAGAUGGAAGUAGUGUGAAGUGUAGAUUUCUGGAGCUUAUUUUACUGCUUACUUAACUUUGAAAUCAUCUUGUCAUCACUGCAGUAGAUUAUCUCAUAUCUAUUAGUAACGUUCACUUAGGAUCAAGAAAAUUAGCUCAGACCAAGUAAGUGUGUAAGAAAACAUUACUCGUAUUGGUCGAUAGGUGGUACUGUUGGGUAGUAACAAUAUAAGAAACAGGAGGAAAUGGUGGUAAAACGUUCUUGUUCUGGUUAAAUUACAGAUAUAUAUUGAUCUGUUGUACUGAAUGAAUAUGUUCAAAUUAUUUUAUUUUAUUAAAUACUGUUUUGCUGAAAGAUUAUAAACUCAA